AUGGAGGAAAGCACGACGGAGGGGUGGGGCAACUUUUCCGACUACACGACACCUGUCGAGUCGCGCAGCCUCAUGUGGGUCGACUGCGACAAGUACCUCGCACAGCUGCAGGAGAUCAACGGACUCGUCGACGAGGACACUGCCGACUUCAACGCGCGCGUCGAGCACGUCGUCAACCUGAUCGUACUGCCGGCGCUCAUUCUCGUCGGCAUCAUCGGCAACGUCAUCAAUCUCAUCAUCCUGCACAAGCCGCGCAUGCGCAUAUCGAGCGGCAUCCACUGCUAUCUCGCCGGCGUCGCCAUUGCCGACAUCGGACUUCUGCUGUGUCUGGUGCCGAACGUUCUGCACCAGGUGCUCUUCGAGGAGGCGCAGGAGAAGGUGUACAAUCCGAUACUCGUCUGGGUGCGCAUCGUGCUGCAGACGCCGAUGAACAUCUUCAAGCACGCCACCACGUGGCUGAUGGUCACCAUCGCCGUCGUGCGCUACGUCGCCGUCGUGCGCCCCCUGGCGGCCAACGUGUGGAUGACGAUACGCAAGGCGCAGUUUCUGACGAUUCUCGUGUUCACGCUCGUCACCGUCGUCGACAUCCCGCGCUUCUUCCAGUACGGCACAUGCACGAUGUAUGACAUGUACAGUCUGGCGGCGAUCACCUCCUACUGGAAGACGCACGCGCACAAGAUCUACCCGUCCAUGUCGGCCGUCUUCUUCUUCAUCAUCCCCUUCAUCCUCAUCUUCGUCUUCAACAUCUUCCUGAUCGUGCACGUGUGGCGCGCGCGGCGCAUGCGCGUGCUGCUCACCGAAUCGAAGGAAGUGAAGAGCGAGCGUAAGCAGGAACUUCGGAUCACGGGCCUGCUCGUCGCUCUCAUCCUCACCUUCUUCGUCAUGGAGCUACCGGAGGCCGUCGUCACCGUUCUCAUGGGCAUCUCCAUGCAGGAUCUGCUCACGCAGAAGAGCUUCAGCGGCGCCGUCGGCAUCGUCAACUGCCUCGGCACGGGAAACUGCGCGUUGAACUUUGUCAUCUACUGUAGCCUCAGCAAGCAGUACCAGCUGACGUUCCGAGAGACGUUCUGCUGUCAGCGCAACCGACGUCGCACGCCGACGACCGUGCUGAUGUCGUUUCGCACGAGCCGACGUUCCGACGACACGGAGAACAUCGAGCUGAACGGAUACAAGAAGAUGAAGCGAAACCUGAGCAAGCAGUGCUCGAACACGCCCUAUACGUCUGCUAGUAACACAGCACGCACGCCCUACGUCUGCUAG